UAGUCAUUUUAAACAAACCUCGACCAUGAAUGGGAGUACGAACCCGCUGCUGGAUAAAGAAGAGCACGCUUUGAAGCUUGGAGAAAGCUUCGAGAAGAGGCCAAAAUCAUCUUUUCACACCAUCAGAUAUGACUUCAAGCCAGCAUCUAUUGACACGAGUUGCGAAGGAGAGCUGCAAGUUGGGAAGGGAGAUGAAGUUACCAUUACACUACCUCACAUUCCAGGCUCGACGCCUCCAAUGACAGUCUUUAAAGGAAACAAACGACCAUAUCAGAAGGAUUGUGUGCUCAUCAUUAACCAUGACACCGGUGAAUAUGUACUGGAGAAGCUCAGCAGCAGCAUCCAGGUGAAGAAAACAAGGGCAGAGGGGAGCAGUAAGAUCCAGGCCCGAAUUGAGCAGCAGUCAGUUCGCUCUAGCCAGCCUAGCUCUCAGUUCCGGGCCCCAACAAAACCCGGAACUGGGAUCAAAACCUCCCCUUCCCAAACUAAGGACAACCCCUCCCCUGAGCCUCAGCUCGAUGACAUCAAGAGAGAGCUGAGAGCAGAAGUGGAGGUGAUAGAGCAGAUGAGCAGCAGCGGCAGCAGCAGCUCCUCUGAUUCAGCCAGCGCCUCGGGGAGUGGUGACGACAGCAGCAGCGAUGGUGAGAACGACGCCCCGCGACCACUAAGCCAGACCUCCCCCAGUCGCCUCCCCAUGGUCAACGGAGGAAUCGACCGGGAGCAGGGCAACAAUCAGCUGAUGAACACACUCCGAAACGAUCUUCAGCUCAGCGAGUCGGGCAGCGACAGUGAUGACGACUGAACUCUCCGGGUCAGUCUCUCCUCCUCCACACUCCUCCUCCCCUUCAUCUCUGCCUGAUUCAUUUGUUUCUUUGCUGUGGUAGCUGAAUUCAGCUUUAUAUUGUAGUUUUACUGUAUUUUUUUACAUUUGUUUUAGUAUAUCUAUAAAGAUGGCCACCCAGACACAUUAGGAGUGUAUUUUUAUUAGAUGUAUAUUUUGUUUUGUAUAGGAAAAAAAGACGUUUUACCUUAGGGGGGUGGAAGAUGGUAUUUAGAGCUUUCACACAUAUUUUAACUACUAAAAGAAGCUAGUUUUAUCUGCGGAAUCAUCUAUUUUUAUUCAGUUUUGUUUUUAUGUUAAAAUGAACUAGAAAAAGGUUUCAAACGGAACCACCAAGGUGCUCCUCCCCGUACGGCAGACAGAGCUGUGGAAAUCCUCUUUACAUUCUUAUGUUAUUGUUGUAUUUUUUCAACAUAAAAUAGAUUUGCAUUCAUGCUCUGCAAAAAUACAAUAGUUCCAAUAAAAGAUGGACACGUAUUUUGUUUUUUAUCUGUGAAAGUAGAUGCCACCAAAUGGAAAGGAUCAGCUGUAGUGUAAACCUUGUUUUCCAUUUUAAGGUCCCACUUUUAAAACCAAGUCAGUGUUCAGCUUGUCACUAUUAAUCCCAGCUUUAUUAUAGAAGUUUAAUUCUUUAAUUUUCUUCGUAUCAACAAAAUGCACAAAUUAAUCCGAACGGCCAUCUUUAACAUCUGGGACAUAUGCCUUUUUUUUAUCAAUUAUAUAGGAAGUCUGGGUGUUUAAAAUUCGUGUAAAAGCUGUUCAUUUUUUUCUACUCUAAAGUGGCUCAUUGUAUUUUUUCCAUUGGUUGUUGGAUAUGUUUGGCUGAAAGUUUUAAAGCAACAGGCUCAGGCCAGAUUCUAGGGAUGUUUUUUCCUCACCACAAGAUGGCAGACAAGGUUCAAAAUGAAAACAGAAACAGACAUUCAUUGACUAAUUUUAUUUGAAAUAACAAAAAAUGGUUUCUUACAAGCUUGGUUUGGUUUCUCUGCAAGGUAAUGUUAUGAUUUGUUUUUGUUGGUCUUUCGUUUAAAUCAACUUGCUUUCUGUGUCCACCUUUCUGUGAAAUGUCAAAGGAUGUAGCAUAGAACUGAAGAAAGUCAACUACAGUAUAUUUGAAACUGGAAAAAUGAAAAUAUUUUUGAUAAAAAGGUUACAUUUACUAGUUUAGCUGCAACGUUUUUGUUUAUUGCAGACAGUGUUACUAACUGACAACUUUGUUUACUCCAUCUGCUCUGCAUCUUACAUGUCCAUUUUCUCAUUAUUAAUGUUUGAUCUUUAAAUGUUAUUUUUUGAUCUCAAAGUCAGGUAUAACAAGCAUCACGGCAGUGUUUGAGAAAUGUUCACAAUCUGACAGUUCUUUAAAUCAAAUGAAAGGUUUAUAUUGCAGGUGGCUUAAAACAAAACAAGCUUAUAGAAGAGUUUUAGUUUGUUUCAGACGUGUAUUGUUUGAUUGAUCCAGAAAUAUACCAGACCACGGUAGCUUUAAAUACUUUACAAUAUUUUAGUUUAGCAAUGAAAGUAAAUUUAUUAUUUUCAGAAAAUGCCAAAAAAAAAAAGGGGGGGCUCGUCAUUGGAAGGACGUGCAGGAAUGUUGAUUGUGUAUCUGUGAUCAUUUUAGAUUUGAAUUGAGUUUUUCUGUGCAAACAGUAUAAUUAAUGACUCCAAUUGUUUUUUCCCCACUUAACUGCAAACAUUUUUAUCUUUGAGAUUAUCAUUUAGUUGUUGGUUAAUAGAAGUUUCAAUAAUAAAAUAACUAAAUACAAAGGCCUACAACAUGUUUUUUGUAAAAUAUAUGGAAAAAUAAUUUGAAUAACUCAAAAGGGUUUUUCCAUUUUUAAACUUGAUCUUGGAGAUACUGACUAGAAUUUUCUGGCGAGUCCUUUUUGGGGCUUUUACUCGCAUCCAUUGCUUUUAAUUGAUUGUGGGAUCCUAAGUAGUAAAUUUAAUAUGGUAAAAACACAGCCAGAGUUAUCACAAACAAAAAAAACGUGCCUCUCCAACUGAACCUGGUAGCAACUAUGUCACCUAGUGUUUACUUUUAAACUCUGGAGGGGCGGGGCGGAAGGCAUAAAGAGAAAUUAAGUACAUUUAAAUGAGAACACUACCUGUCACACAAAAUCUGACUUCUGAGUGCAAAUAGAACGCAUCGUUACUAUCUAAGUGAACUAACAAAACAGUCACCUGUCUUAAUACCUAAAAAACAUUAUAUCUAGCUCGGCUUAUUUUUAGGCAUCUGCUAAAAAUAUAAGAAAUAGUUACUGAAUUAUUGAACUACAAAAGGAAACCAACAUUUUCUUCUCUGGUGUUUUACAUUUAAACUGUAAAAGUAUUGGAAAACUUGUCUUAUGUACUGUGUUGUAUUUGUUAUUUUAGAUGUGUUGUUUUUGUCUUAGACCUUUAUUUAAGUGAGAUUUGGAUUGUAUUAAGUUUGCAAAUGUCAGUAAAAUAUUCCACACAUUCA